GACCAACUUGUAACUGCAUUAUAGAGUAUCUCUGUGAGAGAUUUGUGGAGACAUUGCUUCUCUGUUUUUAUUUUCAAGAAUUAGAUUACUCUGCAGCAAUGGUAGCAAUAGUUAAGUAUGGGAUAAUUGGUGUUGGGAUGAUGGGAAGAGAACAUUUAAUCAAUCUUUAUCAUCUCAAAAGUGAAGGAGUUGCUGUUGUUUGUAUAGCAGACCCACAUGUCCCUUCUCAAAAAUAUGCCCAAAAGUUAGCAGAAUCGUUUAACUGGCCUCUCCAGGUUUUUGCAGGGCACAAGCAGAUGUUAGAAAGUCGGCUGUGUGAUGUGGUGGUAGUAUCAACUCCAAACAUGACUCACUAUGAAAUUCUAAUGGAUAUCAUCAAUCAUCCAAAACCCCAUCAUGUGUUGGUUGAGAAGCCUUUGUGCACAAAUGUUUCAGACUGCCAAAAGGUCAUAAAUGCUGCUAAAAGCAGAUCUGAUAUGUUGGUACAAGUUGGGCUAGAGUACAGAUAUAUGCCACCUGUUGCAAAACUGAUAGACAUUGUUAAAGAAGGAGCUUUAGGACAAGUGAAGAUGGUGGCAAUUCGAGAACAUCGAUUUCCAUUUCUUGUUAAGGUCGAUAACUGGAAUAGGUUCAACUGCAACACUGGGGGUACUCUAGUAGAGAAAUGCUGUCAUUUCUUUGAUCUGAUGAGGCUUUUCAUUGGAGCUAAUCCUGUUCGUGUUAUGGCUUCUGGAGCAAUGGAUUUGAAUCACAAAGAUGAAGUAUAUGAUGGACGGGUGCCUGAUAUAAUUGACAAUGCUUAUGUUAUUGUGGAAUUCGACAAUGGUUGUCGUGGCAUGCUUGACCUCUGUAUGUUUGCUGAGGGAAGUAAAAAUGAGCAAGAAAUAUCUGUAGUAGGUGAUAUUGGAAAGGGUGAAGCACUUGUGCCUGAGAGCAUUGUGCGCUGGGGUACACGAGCUGAAGGAAGAAAUGGUGUACAAACAUUACUAGCUGAAGAUAAGCGUAUAAAAUACGAUGGGCUACAUCAUGGUUCAAGCUACUUAGAGCACCUCCAAUUUUUGUCAGCAGUAAGAGCAAGAGGAGAACAAGCUCCUGCUGUUGGUUUACAUGAUGGUUUGGUUUCAGUAGCUAUUGGAGUUGCUGCACAGCUUUCUAUUCAGAUAGGUCGAGCUGUUACUAUUGAGGAAGUCAUGAAUGAAAAGUUUCUUCAAUCUACUAAGUCUUAAUAUCCAGCCUUUAAAAUUAGAAUGCAGUAACAAAACAGAUAACAAGGGUGGAUAGUGCUUGAUCUAUUCUUGACUUGUCUACUAUUCAUCUUAAUAUUAUGGAAGAAUCAUUUUACCAAGUAUAAAAACUGUUAGUACACUGAUGCAUUUGAUCAAUCUGGUUCUUUAAUA